AUGACUGAGCAACGACAGCGGAAGGUUAGAAGUCGGAAAUCUAUUCAAAAAGGCGGUGCUAUUACAGUUGAACAUGCACGGCAAAGGAUUUAUGAGAAGAAGGUAAAGGAGCAACUUUUAGAAGAAGCACGGGAGAAAAGAGAGAGAACACGCAUGGUGAACGUUGAGCGUAAGAUGCAGCUCCGUGCUGGCAUCGAUGCACGGAAGGCAGAACGUACACGGAAAAAGGACCUACAUGAAUUUCAUAAAAGUAACCCAGACACGGAGCCACCAAUUGGCUUACAUACAGAAAUCAUUGACCCGGACGUUACACAGAAGAAACGUGAGGAGGAGGAGGAGGCGGACCAACUGUUAGCCAUCGAGGAGAGUGGGCGGUGGUUUGAGAACCAACGAUUAGAAAGCAAUCAAACCAUCGACGCCACGGAAGGGAGGUGGGAGGUUGAAGCGCUACUUGCCAAGUCAAAAGUAGGCAACGUGAUUUGGUACCUCGUGAAGUGGGCAGGCUUCCGGGAUGAGGAUAAUACGUGGCAGAAACGGGACGACAUCAGCUCAGAUCUCAUCAAUGACUUUGAGGCGAUACGUGUGCAAUUACUUAAGAAGCGAGAACAGAAAGGAAAGAUUGAAUAUUUCGCUAAGUGGAAGGGCCGUCCAGCGGGUGAGAAUUCUUGGGAGAAGGAAGCUACAAUAAGCCGUGAAGGAAUCUUAGAGUUUGAGGCAAAAUGA